AUGUCUCGAUAUGGACCCCGAGGUGUUGUGCCUCCACGGCAGAUGCGUGCUGCUGGUGCCGGAGCCGGCGGAGCGGCUCGUGCGCGCGGAGCCCGGCAGCUUCUUCCUGCCCGAGGAGUGCGGCCCAGCAGGCUGGUUGCCGCGGAAUGCGAGCACGCUGCUGCUUGGCCCGCAGGCGGCAGCUUGGCUGUACACUUCUCCGGCCAAGUGGGCGGUCUUUGGCCCAACGCGGCCGCCGCUCAGAGCGGCGUCCAGACCGCACCUGCCGGAGCCGGCGCCGGUGCUCUCGGCGGCUCUGGGCGGAGUGGACGUGGCGCUGGGCCUCGGACUUCGCUCCCAGGCUCUCGCGGCAGUGCACAGCAAGCGGAGUCGUUUGCAGGCGGAGAUGAGGAGAGGCACUACGGAGGCAGUAAGCCCGGUGCGGCAAUGCGCCGCAAAAGCCUUGCCGACCAGGAUUGGUGGAGGUGGCAUACUGCGACAAGCCGCGCGAUCAGGCUCCGUGGAGUGGCUGGUGCUGGGCGCCAGCACGGUCCUGCAAUCCGAGGCCUGCGGCGGGCGCUCGCUGGAGCUGGCGCUCCAUCUGCAGCCGGCGGCGGACUGCGUCUUGGUCUCCCGGCGCCUCGGCAGCGCGGUGCUGGCGCCGCUGCCCCAGCUGUACCUGGCGCGCUGGUCCUGCCGCUGGCGCUUGCCUUUUCACUCGGAGAGUUCAACGGAGCUCGGGACCGCUCCGGCGCGGGUGGUGGCCUACGCGGGCGCCGCUGCCACGGCGCGCUGCCGCUGGCCAGCCUCGUUUCCAGUCUCGGCGCUGGUGACGCUGCAGCGAAGAUGCAUUGCCACACCAGCGAGGAUGACGACGGCUGGGACCUGGUGGAUCUGCCGGUCCAGAUCCUCAGCGAGCCGCCCCGCGGUCUCUUGGCGGCCUGCGCGGCCCCCUUCAGCGGCAUGCGGAAGUUUAGCGACGCGCUGCGGCAGUGGCUGGAGUACCACUUCCAGCUGGGCCUGGAGCACUUCUUCCUCUACGACUACGACGGGAGCCUCGCCUCGAGCGUUGAGUCCAGCCGCGUGUCGUACUUCCCCUUCUUUGCGCAGCACUUCGGAGAGAAGCUGCAUAUCGUGGCCAAUGCUGAGGGGCAGGACGAGUACGGCUCUUUGCGCUUCUUCCGCGACCUGCUGGAGCCUUUGGCCAACGCCCACUGCCUUUUCCAAAGCCGUGGAAGGUACGACUUCUUGAUCUUUCUGCACCGCCACGACGAGUACUUGGUGCCCAGCUGGCACCAUCACCUGAGACCCGCGCUGCAGCCUCUGCAGGCCCUGCGCUCGCGCCUGGCCGCCCUGGAGGUGCCCUGGCUGGUCUUCGGUGGACAGCUGGACAACAACUCGCCUCUGACGCUGGAGGCGUGGACGCAUCGCUCCAGGGGCCCCUUGUGGGACUAUCCGCCCUGCAGCCCAGC